AUGCAAUUCACGUCUGCUGUCGUUCUGAUCUGUGCCGCCGCUUCGGUGCAAGCACAUAGAUUCCUACGUAGUCCUACAGCCCGCGGUGGCAAUUCCGCCGGGCCCUCUGGAGUAAUCUGUGGUCGAGGAAGCACGAGCACUGGUAGCUUUCGAGCAACAUAUGUUCAAAGCCAGACUAUUGAAGUAGAGUGGGAGAUUACUAUCGCCCACAACAACGGGUUUGUCGAAAUGCGCAUUUGUGACAGUCAGCAGGUUUCCAAUGCGUGCUUGAAUGAGAACCUGCUCAGACACGCCGACAAUGGCCAAACUCGUGUCAACAAUGUCAACGGUAGGCAACGGUUCAGCGUUGAGUAUCGCCUUCCAGCAGACCUGACCUGCCCAAAUGGUUGUGUGAUGCAGUGGUUUUGGGAUACCCCAAACAACGGCGAGUAA